AUGGAGAAUGACAUGACGUUCGUCGCCCCCGAGGGCGUGUACUCGGUCACCGAGGAGCACAAGCCGUCCCCCGUCGCGCAGCACACCAUCGCCGCCGCGCCGAUCCUCUACCCCACCAAGGUCACCGCGGUCCAGGUGCGCUUCCCGGCGUCGAAGGCGACCGUCUCGCCCGGCUUCUCGCAGCUGCUGGGCGGCGGGCGCGAGAGGGAGGGGAAGAAGGAGAAGGAGCGGGAGCGGGAGAAGGAGAAGAUGCUCAGCAGCAUGCCGUCGACACGGGAGCAGGACGGCAACAGCGUGUCCAGCAGCGACGACAUCGACGACGGAACGCCGGAGGCUUCUAGCACCCCCGCCCCGGACACAACGGCCUCGACGCCGAUCACACACGACCAGCUCAACUCGCCCUUCUCACAUGCGCCCGGCGCGGGGAAGCGCAAGUCGACCCCGCGCCCGAAGCACAAUAUGCGCACGACGUCCUCCACGUUCAUCACGCGACUGCAGAAUGCGGACAACCUGAGCAAGUCUCUGGCCGGCAAGCAGGGCGAUACGACGUUCAUGUUCUACAACUCCGCGAAGACGUUUGUGUGGACAGAGGCGGGCGCGAAGCUCAAGGAACCUCUGGCUCGAAUAUAUUUCUCUGCCUAUCCGACGUGCCACGACGUGAAUCUGGCGACCGUCUCCUCAGACCGGUUGGACGUCAUCAUUGGCUUCCAUACUGGCGACAUCCUCUGGUUCGGUCAGCCACUUGACGCAUGCGCCUCUGAAUGUUCUGACAUCAGUGUCCAGGGUCGAAUAUGCAACGCUGCAUGCACUUCGAUCCACUGGGUGCCCGAGUCUCCAAACCUGUUUCUAGUCUCCCAUGCAGACGGCACCAUCGUCGUAUAUGACAAGGAACGGGAAGAUGGCGCGUUCACUCCACAUGAGCCGGGGUCAGCUCCGUCGACAUCUCAUCUCGACGGCUCCUCCUCGUCGGAUUCACAGGGCGAAUGGAAUCCGUUGGACUCGAUAUUCGUCACAAUGCCUCCGUGGCAUCCCGUCACUGUGGGUGGGUCCGCGCCGCUCGGGUCAAAGCCAGAGAAGGAGAAAACAGCGAAGAACCCGGUCAGCCAUUGGCGGGUCUCGCGGAGAAGCAUCGUAGAUUUCGUCUUCUCACCCGAUGCCAAAUUCCUGGCGGCUAUCUCUGAGGACGGUUGCCUGAGAGUAAUCGAUACCGUUGCAGAGCAACUAGUGGAUUGCUACGCGUCAUAUUUCGGUGCUUUCACUUGCGUGGCAUGGUCACCGACGACGGGAGGACAGGAUGACCUCGUCACUAUCUUCUCCCCAUGGGAGCAAAGGGUUAUUGCGCGAUGUCAGGGCCACUCCUCCUUCGUUUCGGGCGUCGGUUUCGACGAGCUUCGCUGCGACGGACGGACCUACCGCUUCGGCAGCAUUGGCGAAGACAACAAGUUCAUCCUCUGGGACUUCUCCAGCGGCGCGCUCCACCGCCCAAAGCUGCCCGCGGCGCACCACCAGCGGAUGUCGAUGACCUCGACCGUCUCGCUCGCGCUCCGCCGCCGGGGCGAGUCCACGCUCUACCUGCCGAACCCGGCGGGGGAGUCGCCGCUGCCGCGCUUCCACCCCGCGCCGUCGCGGAACGACGUCGCGGUCGUCCAGCCCGUCGUCGUCAAGCACGUCGGCGCGGACCUCCUCACCGACCUCGUCUUCCUCCCCCGCGGCCUCCUCACCGCGUCCAAGCUCGGGCACAUCAGGUUCUGGAUCCGCCCGCUCGCGGUGCAGCCGCGGCACGUGCGGGCGCAGAGCGCGCUCCGCCGGGCGUCGCAGGCGGACGUGAGCUGA